AUGUCGGAAAUUGAAGUGAAUAAUUUUAAUAAUAAUGAUGAUGAUGAUCAAACACGUCAAACUGAAUCGGAACAAAGAUAUACACCAUAUAGUAGUAUAAAACGAAGUCAGUCUGAUGAUCAUUUAACUCCAGUCAUAGUCGAUGAUGAAUAUGAACCACAACCAGCCUCACCACGUCGAGUAAAACCUAGUUCAAAACCUGCAAAAUUAAGUUAUAUACCAAAACUUAAAACUUCAAAAAAUAUUUCAACAUCAAUGAUUAUUACAAGAAACAAAUCACCAGUACAGAAAUGGAAUGGAACACCAGCAUCAUCAUCAAAGACACCUCGACCGAUGGCAGUUAUACCACAAAUUAGUCGUCGUCCAGUACAAGGUGUUUUAAUUCGAUUGUUUCGUAAUGGUGAUGCACAUCAUAUUGGUGUUAAAGUUGGAAUAAAUGAAUUAGAAUUUAAGUCCUGGGAAGCAUUUCUUAAUUAUUUAAAUCGUCAACAAAAACUUACUUUACCAUCUGGUGGUAUUCAACAUGUCUAUGCUCUAAAUGGUCAUGAAAUUCGUUCAAUAAAUAAAUUUCAAAAUCGUCAAUCAUAUGUUGUUGCAACUGGUAUAUUUCUUAAAACAAAAUAUCUACAUGUAAAUGAUGCAUUUAAUGAUGAUUCUGAGUCAAAUGUUAAUCAACCACCAGCUCCUAAUGGAAAUACACGAGCAUUAUCAAUGAAACGAUGGCGUUUACCAGCAGCAAAUAAUGAACAAAUAUUUAUAUUACCAUAUUCUCGUUUAAAUCUUUAUGAAAGUAUUCUUUUAAAUCGAAAUACUACAACAACAUAUGAUCAAUGGUUAAGUGAAGAAGUAACAGAUUUACUUUCACAUUAUAUUGGUAAUGAUAUUAUUACACAUUUAUAUGCAAUAACAAAAACUGUUUUUGCUGAAGUAACAAGUUUUUCAUAUUUAUUUAAUACACUUAAAACAACGGAUAAAUUUAUUGCAUGUACAGAUGAAGAAUUUCAACAUGCUAAACGUUAUUUAGCAACAAUGCAACCUGAUGAAUUUUUUGCUAAUAACCUAUGGCCACGACGACAAGUGACUACAAUUCAAAGAUAUGUUCCUAAACCAGUUAACAUCGAUGCAAAUCUAUCGAUUAGUUGGGUUCAUGGUUAUGAUGGUACUAAAGAACAAACAAAAAAUAUUUAUGCUUUAGCUGAAAAUGAAAUACUCUAUGUAAUUGGUUCAAUAUGUGUUAUAUAUGAUCCAGAAGUAAAACAACAACGGUUUUAUACUAAACAUAAUAAUCCAAUAACUUGUGUUAGCACUCAUAAAUAUCAUACAAUAAUUGCUUCAGCUGAUUCAGCUUCAUCAAAAGAACGUUCAUAUGCUACAAUACAUAUUUGGGAUUAUGAGAAACUUGAAACUUUAGCUGAAAUACGAAAAGAUCAAUUUGGUUCGGAUAUAUCUCUCUUAUCAUUUUCACCUAAACCAGAUGAUAAUUUAAUUCUUAUUGUUUCGCGUGAUAAACCAAAAGUUCUUUUAUUUUUUGAUUGGAAACGUAAUGAAAUAAUCUAUAGUAUCACCAGUAAAUCUGAUAAAAUACUUUCGGCAUUAUUUGUAUUUGAUACAAUUGAAUGGAUUGUAUGUAUAACACAACAACAUUUAAUUUUUUAUCAAAUUAAUUGGAAAUCAAAACCAUUACGUAUAGCUACACAAAGAGAAUCAGAAGUUCAAAAUAUUUAUACAGGUGCAGUUGCAUGCGAUCAUUCCGGUGAAUUAUUAGUUAUCGGUGAUAAAGUUGGAAGUAUACAUAUUUGGACUUUAGUUGAUAAUGAACCAAAAUUAGAAGAAGUACAAGAAAGUAUUUUAGAGAAUGAUGUACAUCUUGUCGUAUGUAUCAAUCAAGAAACCUUUCUUCUGGCAAAUGGACAAAAUCAAAUAAAACUUUGGAAUGUUAAUUUAAAUACAUUUGAUGAAAUACAAUUAAAUGAUACUUAUGGUUCGAUACAAUCAAUUUGUCAUAUUGAAAAAGGAUUAGCGAUUGGAACUAAAUUAAAUUAUAUUCUAUUGAAAGAAAUUGAUAAUGAACAAAUUGAUGUUAUUAUGCGAGGACAUAGAACUCCAUCAAUGUGUAUAUGUUGUAAUAAGAAUACGGAUGAUUUCUUUUCUAUAAGUUCGGAUCGACAUUUAUUUAAAUGGAAUAAUAAAACGAGAUCAGUUGAAUGGGCCGUUAAAUCUCCGCAAUUAAUUUCAUGUGCUGCUUUACAUCCAGAACGAAAUAUAAUUGUUCUUGGAACGGAAACAAGCAAAUUACUUAUAUAUGAUACAUUAUCUUCAUUUUAUAUAACAACAAUAUCAUUAAAGACUAAUACAGGUGUAAAAUCCGUUCGAUUUUCACCAGAUGGUGCAGAUUUAGCAAUUGGAUUACAAAAUGGAGCAGUUUUCAUUUUCAGUGUAUUAGGUAAUGGAGAAUUUCAUCUUCGAACAGAUGGAACACUGCAGAAUAAUAAUGUACCUGUCACUGAUAUUAUAUGGUCAAUUGAUUCUAGUUAUCUUCUUGCUGUUUAUAGUGAUAAUAAUUAUAAUAUUUGGUUAAUGCCAUCGUUUGAUAUUGUCAAAGAAAAAAAUAUUCAAAAUAUUCCAUGGCAACAAGCAACACAUCCAAUGGCUUGCAAUACAAUUGACAAAUCAAUUAUGGAAAUGCAAACAUCUGCCAUCGUUUUAUCACCUAAUCUUGUUCUAUGCUGCAGUAAAGAUGGUCAGAUUCGUUUAUUUGGCAAUUUUUAUGAACGAAGUUCUCAAAUUUUACAAACUGGUCUUGGUUCUGUCCAAAAUAUGAUACCAUCUACAAAUAACAAUGCAUAUCUAUUAUCAAUAAAUAAUAGUCCUGCUAUUGUUGAGGUCAUAAUAAACGUUGAAUCACAAUAA